AUGAAAGCCAAAAAGGAAAUGGAGAUGGAAAAAGUAAAGGAACAGACCAUGGAAAUGGAAAUGGAAAAGGAUACAAAAACGAAGCCUAAUAGACACCUCCAACAAGUUAGUCAAGAGAGGAUUGCAAAUGCUCACGGAGGGCCGUUGAAGUUAUUGUUGAUUGGAGGGUUGCUAUACCUAUUCUACAGGUUGUUUGCAAUAAGCACACCACCAAGUAUUGGUAACUUGGCCCUUGUUGAACCAGCACAGAUUGUUCUUGAUGCUCUUGAGCUGAACUAUGCACGAAACUGGUCUCAAAAGUAUACUGCUGAAGCACACUUGGCCGGGACCAACUAUCCGCUCGUUGAAUGGACAGAGCAAAAAUUUCUGGAGUAUGGCUUUGAUACAACAAUUGACUCCUACGAGAUUUUGGCAAGCUACCCAAAAGACCAUAGCUUGAGCUUGUUGGAUAAGCAUGAACAAAUCGUUUAUACAGCUCCAUUGAAAGAGGAUUCUAUUGAUGAAGAUCCAACAACACAUAACAAUACAGUGCCAACUUUCUUGGGCUAUGCAGCCAAUGGAAACGUUACUGCUCAGUAUGUUUAUGCAAACUAUGGAACAAAGAGUGACUUUGAAGCGUUGAAGGAACAUAACGUGGAUGUGACUGGCAAGAUUGUAGUUGUGAGAUAUGGUAAAAUCUUUCGUGGUCUUAAAGUGAAGUUUGCCCAAGAUAGAGGUGCAGUUGGUGUCUUGAUAUACUCUGACCCUGGAGAUGACUUUGGUAUUACUCCCAAGAAUGGCUAUAAGCAAUAUCCCCACGGCCCAGCAAGGCAAGAAAGCUCGGUCCAAAGAGGAAGUGUUCAAUUCUUGGGUGGGGAAGGCUCAGCACCUGGUGACCCAACCACUCCUGGAUAUGCGUCAAAGCCCGGGGUUGAACGCAAGGACCCACACACAAGUAUUGGCAAGAUACCUGUAUUGCCUAUUUCAUACAGAGAGGUCAAGCCUAUUUUACAGAAACUAAACGGCAAGGGUGCAAAAGUCAAAGGAUUCGAAGGAGAGCUUGAUGGCUUUGAGUAUACGACAGGUCCUUCUGAGUACUCUCUCAACUUGUAUAGCGACCAAGACUUCAAAUAUGCCACCAUGUGGAAUGUAUACGGUGAGAUUAAAGGUGAGAAAGCCGACGAGGUCAUAAUAUUGGGAAACCAUAGAGAUGCAUGGAUAAAAGGCGGCGCAGGAGAUCCAAAUAGUGGCUCGGCCACAUUGCUUGAGGUUGCUCGUGCGUUGGGUACAUUGAAGGCAAAGGGACACAAGUUUAAGAGAACAAUUGUGCUCCAUAGUUAUGAUGGCGAAGAGUACGGUUUGCUCGGCUCUACCGAGCAAGGAGAGUAUUUUGCUAAAAAGUACCAGCGCGAGGUUGUCGCAUACUUGAACCUCGAUGUUUCUGUGAGUGGCAAAAACUUGGGCUUGGGCUCAUCACCAGUGUUGAACAACCUUUUGCUAGAUGUCGCUAAAGAGUUGGAAUACCCAGAAGGUGGGUCAUUGUAUGAUCAUUACGUAAAAGUACACGGAAGCGACGCCAUCAAAUCCUUGGGAAGCGGAUCUGAUUAUACAGUAUACCUUGAGCACUUGGGCAUUCCAUCCGUGGAUUUGGGAUUCGGUGGCGGAAAGAAAGAUCCCAUCUAUCAUUAUCAUUCCAACUACGACUCCUUCCACUGGAUGGAAAAGUUUGGGGACAAGAACUUUGUGUACCAUAAUUUGGCAGCAAAGUAUUUGGCAUUGCUAGCAUUAAGAUUAAGUGAAAAAGAAGUUAUUCAGUUUAGAUUAGAGUCGUACGCUUCUAAUUUGAUCGACUACUUUGAGAAGACGUCGCAACGUGUUCCAGCCGAAUGGCUCAACAAGACAACAGCUUUUUCUGAUUACCGCGGAUCCCACCUCUUGGAUGAGGACACAUUUAUCAGGGACGUUACCCAAAGCCAAUACACAUGUCCGAUGCGUAAAAAACAGCAAAUGAGAUUAACACAUGGCCUCAAUUGUUUCGAAGCAAAGAAAACUGCAACUUUAGGACAGAGACUUGACCAAACUUUACACCUUUUGCAUGGAUUUCAGAAAUCAGCUCAAGCGUUUGACGAGAAAUCGCUUCAUCUCCAAGACCAGGCCGAUAAUUACUUGAAUUUGUCCCUUCCUGGCAAGAUUUGGUUGCAUCUCAAGAUCCGGAAACAUAACAGAUCAUUGAAGUAUUUUGAACGAAACUUUUUGCACCACGAAGGGUUGGACACUCGACCAUGGUUCAAACACAUUUUGUUUGCAAGUGGAAGAUUUACAGGCUAUGCAGGCCAGGACUUGCCAGGAUUGAACGAGGCAAUCGAGGAUGGUGAUCUCGGAAGAUUGAGCAAGUGGAUUGGAAUUCUCGACAGAACAGUGCACAGAGUCUCACAUCACUUACACCAAAGAGUGAUUUAA